UUGCUCCUUUCACAGACUCCUCCUUAAACCCCUAACACAGUCGUUCCUAAACAAACACAGAGAGUAGUGAGUGAGGCAGAGCAGAUAAAGAGAGUUAAGAAUGCAAUCUGCGACCCUCUCUUUUCACCCUUCGGCUCCGCCACCCCAAACUUCAGCUUGUCACUUCUCCUCUAAUCAGCUUAAAUAUUCACUCUUCUCAUACACUUGUCCAACUCCUAGGCGCUCUCCACUGUCUACUCAAACCCUUUCAAGAAAAUCCAUUUGCAAAACCCCAGCUGUAGCAGCUGGCAAAUAUGUCAGAGAGGAUUAUCUUGUGAAGAAGGUGUCUGCAAAAGAUAUUCAAGAACUGAUAAAGGGAGAACGGAAUGUGCCACUGAUUAUUGACUUCUAUGCCACAUGGUGUGGUCCUUGUAUUUUGAUGGCUCAAGAACUUGAAAUGCUUGCUGUAGAGUAUGAAAGCAAUGCACUUAUUGUGAAAGUGGACACAGAUGAUGAAUACGAAUUUGCACGUGAUAUGCAGGUUCGAGGACUACCAACGUUGUAUUUCAUAAGUCCAGAUUCAAAUAAGGAUGCUAUUAGAACCGAAGGACUCAUCCCAAUACAAAUGAUGCGGGACAUCAUCAAUAAUGAUUUGUGAUGAAUAAUUCAUUAGUGGAACUGUGCAUGCCAUCCUCUUUACUGGAGCUCAAGUUUGGUAUCUGCCUAGCAGUUGUAACGCAAAUUUCGCAUCUAAAAUAAUUAGAACAAGUAGUGCAACAAAAUGCAUUAUCUGAUGUUAAAAUAGAAAUGAGUAUUUACAAGCUCUCUAAAUUGAAACACACUGUUCUUUACUCUUCACGGAUGUUCUCAAAGGCUAGCUAGCUGGUCUUUGAUUUUGAUUUAAGGUUUGAUCUUGAAUUAUACUCAGCAUUCGGUUGAA